CCUCAGGCGAAGCGCUCUCUCUCUCUCGCUCUCGCUCUCCUCUUAUCCUCCCUCGGUUGAACAAGAGGAGCCGGAAAACCUCUUCCUCUCGCUAGUCGCCUCGCCUCGCCACUAUCUCUCUGGGUCUCGGCUGGCCACACAACGACAACGGACCGCGGGAUGGGCCGGGCAGAGCCCAACCCCACUCUCACUCACCCUGGGCCGGCCCAACCAGCGGCUCGGCUACAAAAUCACCGAACCCCCAACACCGCCGUCGGAGCAGCGGCGGCAGCAAGAGGAGAGGAGGAGCGAGAUGGCGCCGCCCAGCAAGGAGCCGUGCAAGAAGGAGGCGUGCGACAUCCAGGCCUGCCUCUCCAAGAACCUCUUCGAUUCCAAGAAGUGUUUGAAAGUUAUUCAGUCACUACAAUCUUGUUGUGAGCAAUGCGAGUACAAAUCAACACAUUGUGGUUCUUUGUCGGGCUUGCUCAAAAACAUUUCAAAGUGAUGUAAUAAGACUAUCACUCAAUAAAGGUAAUUUUAGGUUUGCUUGGGAGUUAAUCAGGAUAUCAGUUUCUCUAAUCCAUCAUGUAUGACUGGGAAAAAUAAUAAUGCGCCAUCCUCAACCUGCAGAAAGGUGCUGUGGUUGCUAGUUGUUCGGUGCUGAGUUUGUCAACACAUUUCUUUAAGAGGGAUACUGAUAUUGCCGUAUAGCUGUAUUAUCCUUUGUAUUUCUUAUUAUGCCCAUGUGCAGAUAUAAUUCAAGAAAAUAAGUGAACCCUGGCCUUGUUGUACACCAAUCUGCAUUUAUGAUAUGGGAAGUGUUUUUUGAAUUGCA